UGUGAGGGAGGAAGCGGCAGGGGCGCAGAGCCGGGCUGCGGGGCGCUGCAGGUGCCUCUGGGGAGAGGGCGAGAGGAGAAGAGGGCCUGCGGGAGGCCGGGGCAACAAGCAGCCCCCGAAGGCCUGGCUCGUCCCCAUCCCCGUAGAGUCCCUUGGCCCUCCUGUGACUCCGAGCGUAGGCCGGAAGCCUCUCGGCGGGUCGGUUUCCCAACUGGAGGGUUGCACCAUCCCGGGCCGGACCGUUUAACCCCGGGAGCGGCAGUGGCCGACAACUCCGCCCCUGCCCAGCAGGGGGCGUGCCCGCCCCGCCGCUUUCCAGCCCCCGGGGCCGCUCCCCCGGCCUGAGCCUCCGCACACUCCCGCUCUGCCUCUCCCGGGACAGGGGUCUGUCUGGUCCGAGCCCCGUGGGAGGCUCCCGGAGCUCAGCUUGGGCCCAGCCCACCAGCGCCUGAGGCCAUGGCGGGCACCUUGGACCUGGACAAGGGCUGCACGGUGGAGGAGCUGCUCCGCGGCUGCAUCGAAGCCUUCGAUGACUCCGGGAAGGUGCGGGACCCGCAGCUGGUGCGCAUGUUCCUCAUGAUGCACCCCUGGUACAUCCCGUCCUCUCAGCUGGCGGCAAAGCUGCUCCACAUUUACCAACAAUCCCGGAAGGACAACUCGAAUUCAUUGCAGGUGAAAACGUGCCACCUGGUAAGGUACUGGAUCUCAGCCUUCCCAGCGGAGUUUGACUUGAACCCAGAGCUGGCUGAGCAGAUCAAGGAGCUGAAGGCUCUGCUAGACCAAGAAGGGAACCGUCGGCACAGCAGUCUCAUCGACAUCGAGAGCGUCCCCACCUACAAGUGGAAGCGGCAGGUGACCCAGCGGAACCCCAUGGGACAGAAAAAGCGCAAGAUGUCCCUGUUGUUCGACCACCUGGAGCCCAUGGAGCUGGCCGAACAUCUCACGUACUUGGAGUACCGCUCUUUCUGCAAGAUCCUGUUCCAGGACUAUCACAGUUUCGUGACUCACGGCUGCACUGUGGACAACCCCGUCCUGGAGCGAUUCAUUUCCCUCUUCAACAGUGUCUCGCAGUGGGUGCAGCUCAUGAUUCUCAGCAAGCCCACAGCCCCGCAGCGGGCCCUGGUCAUCACACACUUCGUCCAUGUGGCAGAGAAGCUGCUGCAGCUGCAGAACUUCAACACGCUGAUGGCGGUGGUCGGAGGCCUGAGUCACAGCUCCAUCUCCCGCCUCAAGGAGACCCACAGCCAUGUCAGCCCUGAGACCAUCAAGCUCUGGGAAGGUCUGACGGAACUGGUGACGGCCACGGGCAACUAUGGCAACUACCGGCGCCGGCUGGCAGCCUGUGUGGGCUUCCGCUUCCCCAUCCUGGGUGUGCACCUCAAGGACCUGGUGGCCCUGCAGCUGGCAUUGCCUGACUGGCUGGACCCUGCCCGGACCCAGCUCAAUGGGGCCAAGAUGAAGCAGCUCUUCACCAUCCUGGAGGAGCUGGCCAUGGUGACCAGCCUGCGGCCACCAGUGCAGGCCAACCCCGACCUGCUGAGCCUGCUCACGGUGUCUCUGGAUCAAUAUCAGACGGAGGAUGAGCUGUACCAGCUGUCCCUGCAGCGGGAGCCACGCUCCAAGUCUUCGCCAACCAGCCCCACCAGCUGCACCCCGCCUCCACGGCCCCCAGUGCUAGAGGAAUGGACCUCAGCGGCCAAACCCAAGCUGGAUCAGGCCCUCGUGGUGGAGCAUAUCGAGAAGAUGGUGGAGUCUGUGUUCCGGAACUUUGACGUCGAUGGGGAUGGCCACAUCUCACAGGAAGAGUUCCAGAUCAUCCGUGGAAAUUUCCCCUACCUCAGCGCCUUUGGGGACCUCGACCAGAACCAGGACGGCUGCAUCAGCAGGGAGGAGAUGGUCUCCUACUUCCUGCGCUCCAGCUCCGUGCUGGGCGGCCGCAUGGGCUUCGUACACAACUUCCAGGAGAGCAACUCCUUGCGCCCGGUCGCUUGCCGCCACUGCAAAGCCUUGAUCCUGGGUAUCUACAAGCAGGGCCUCAAAUGCCGAGCCUGUGGUGUCAACUGCCACAAGCAGUGCAAGGACCGCCUGUCAGUCGAGUGCCGGCGUCGGGCCCAGAGUGUGAGUCUGGAGGGGUCUGCACCCUCACCCACACACACCCACCAUCGCGCCUUCAGCUUCUCCCUGCCCCGCCCUGGCAGGCGAGGCUCCCGGCCUCCAGAGAUCCGAGAGGAGGAGGUGCAGGCGGUGGAGGAUGGAGUGUUUGACAUCCACUUGUAAUAGAUGCUGUGACUGGAUCAAGACUCAUUCCUGCCUUGGAGAAAAGACAUGGACCAGAGCA